AACUAAACCCGACGGGGAAAAAAACUAGCAUUUUAAAUAUAACAAUGUGUUUAGAAUCUGAUUGAAGUAAAUGAAAUUAAUUGAUUGAAUUAAAUUGAGUUUAAACCAAAAAAUGUAAAGCCGUGGGCUAACUGGGAUGUUCUCCAGUGCUCUGGAGGCUGAUGAGAACAGCGCUGGUCACGGCGGAAUGACCAGUGAAAUGUCAUCAUUCGCCAGCCAAAUUCAACAAGCAAUGACGAACAGCCAAUUGUUAUCAGCUGACCAGCCGGAAGCAAGUCCAGUCGUUGGACAACAGAGACCUGGAGCCAUGUUUGCUCCUGCUGCUCCAACAACUACUCAAUAUCUGUGUUCUUGCAUCACCAUUAACCCAGUAGCAUCAGUUCAUCAUGCCCCAGCAUCGACCGAUUCGUUUAACUCCGGCGAAGCUUCCACUGCUCAGUCUGCUCCUGUCCAUUCCUGUUCUUCCGGCCCCCAUAGCAGUGACGAUUGUCCUCAUCAACAUACUGCCCGAUCAUCUCCAGGACAAGAACAGUAUGCUGCGAAUAAUGGAGGCUAUUAAGAUGUUUAUUUUGAGAUCCCGACAUUUAAGUUUGUAGCGUCCCUGUUUUUUAUCUUUGUACUUUUCUAUACGAUUACCAUAAUAAAUUUAUACCUUAAACAUU